AUGAAGAGUAAAAGGGAAAACUCGAGGCUUACCCAUCGUGAAGAGCAGCUUUGGGGCCUGGAGUCGCGGGUUCCUCGUCAGCCAGCAGUAAACAAACCCGCAUUAAAACAGGCACACAAGGCCAUCACACUCGGUAGGAAGAGAGAAGACUCGGGACGUACCCUGGAUUCAGUUCAAUUGCGACGGGGGGAGGCGAGGCGAGCGAGCGUGAAGGGGUUGGCGGAGGUGAAGGUGAAGAAGAUACUUGAAGCCACGAAAAUAUUAUCAAGGGCCAAAGAGAAAAAAAAAAAAAAAAAAAAAAGGAAAAAGCGGACCAAGGGGGGAGGAGACGGCCUGCUUGGUCAAAUGAACGAGAGACGGAGAAUGAGACAAGGCACCGCAGAGACAGCGAGUGCGAGACGAAGAGCAAACGGAGUCGACGAAGAAGAAGUAGAAGAGGAAGAAGGAGGACGGCGACGGCGAGGAGGAGGAGGAGAGGAAAAGGAGAUCUCAGGGGGUGUCGCUCUUCUUUUUUUUUGCCUGCGCGCUGGUGGCUCUGCUUGGGGCCGCCCCCUUUUUUUCCUUCUGCUCGACCACCAAACGGGAGCGCGGACGCUGGGACGAACUACUACUCGCUACGGAUACUACUACUGCUGCUGCUGCUGCUGCUGCUGCUGCUACUCUUUGCCUUUCCGUUCGUCUAAGGCGAGGGCUGGCGGUGUCGACAGUGGACAGGUCGCCCGCUCAGGGGGGGAGGGCUCCGUGCCAGUGGGAAGACAGAGAGUCAGAGACAACCCACCCCCCUUGGUCGGUCGUCGUCUCUGCGCUGGCCGUCGCGGUGAGGGAGAUGGGAAGGACCCUCGCCCUGUCCUGGUGAUUGGCCGUCGAGUUGAAGGAGGGCCAGUCAGUUACCGUAACAGCCGCGUUGUGACAGGUGCUGAAACAGCCAGCCAGCAAGCCAGACCAGCUUAG